GGUAUUAUGUUAAGGUAUUAGGAGAAUCAAUUUGAUUCUAAAAUAACAAAUGAUAUUUUUAAUUUUGAUUUAAAUAUAAAUAAGUGCUAUCUUUAUAAACUAAACGAAACAGGAGGAGGCGGGGAAGCAGCCAUGGAGGUAUCUGCUAGCUGCUCCUAUGCGCUUCUACUCUUUAGUAUUUUCCUUAUCUUCAUCUACUCCUUCCCCUCCAAACAAAACCAUCUCUUUUUGGCCUUCGAACCUCCCCCUGCUUCCACCCACAACACAUCACACCUAUCUACCGAACCUCUUCCCUCAUCUUCCACCCGCAACACAUCACACCUAUCUGCCGAAUCUCUUCCCUCAGCUUCCUCUUCUGUACCAGCUGGGAAUAACACUAUUAUCCCUAUCAAAAAAAGGUGUAGGUUGGAGAGGAUUGAAGCAGACUUAGCUCAAGCUCGAGCAGCCAUACAUGAAGCAAUCCAGAAAAGGAGUUUCAAAUCGGACAAGGACGAAAUUUUCAUCCCCAGAGGAUCCAUGUACAGAAACGCCUACGCCUUUCAACAGAGCCACAUAGAGAUGGUGAAGAGGUUCAAGAUAUGGGCCUACAGAGACGGAGAGAGACCGUUAGUCCACAGUGGGCCCUUGAAACACAUCUACGCAAUUGAGGGCCAAUUCAUCGAUGAAAUAGAGAAUGGGAAUAGCUCAUUCAUAGCCCAACAUCCUGAUGAGGCCCACGCAUUCUUCGCACCCGUUAGUGUCCAACACAUUGUUGAGUACGUCUACCGGCCCAUUACCUCCUACGAUCGUGACCGCCUCGUACGUACCUUCAAGGAUUACAUCAUGGUCGUAGCCCACAAGUAUCCGUACUGGAAUGCAAGCAAUGGAGCCGAUCAUUUCAUGCUCUCUUGCCAUGAUUGGGCACCAGGUGUUUCGGUAGAUGACCCUGAGCUUUACAAGAAUUUUGUUAGGGUCCUAUGCAAUGCCAACAUGUCGGAAGGGUUCCAGCCGGAGAGAGAUGCGACACUACCGGAAUUCAAUAUAUCACCACUAUCACUCACCCGACAUUGGUUUAGCAAACCUCCACAAAAUCGCAGCAUCCUCGCCUUCUUUUCCGGUGGUCGUCACGGUGACAUCCGGGAAGGCCUGAUAAACCAUUGGGUGGGAAAGGACAAUGAAAUUCAGGUGAACGAGUACCUUCCGAAAGGAAAAGAUUACGCCAGGCUCAUGGGGGAUAGCAAGUAUUGCCUAUGCCCUAGUGGGUUCGAGGUGGCUAGCCCACGAUUGGUCGAGUCGUUCCACUCCGGAUGCGUCCCUGUGAUUAUCUCGAGUAAUUAUUCAUUACCCUUCAACGAUGUUCUUGAUUGGACCAAGUUCUCCGUGAAUAUUCCGGUGGAAAAAAUACCGGAAAUCAAGAAGAUUUUACAAGGAAUUCCGGAGUAUGAGUACUUAAAAAUGCAGAAGAGGGUGACGAAACUCCGGCGGCAUUUUCAACUUAACCGUCCGCCCAAGCCCUUUGAUGCGCUUCAUAUGGUGCUUCACUCUAUAUGGCUCAGAAGGCUUAACAUUAGGCUACAACAUUGAAAUGAUUUUAAUCAAAUUUUUUUUUUUUCUUUUGGUUCUUGGGCCAAAAAAAAAAAAAAAAAAAAUCUUUUUCCUAGUUAAGGGGUUUGGCCUUGGCCUCCCUAUUUAUGUAGAACGUAGAACUUACAAAUUAAUAAUACUAAUUUUUGUUG